GUAGCCCCACAGGGCGCAAAUAUACAAGGUGUUUGUAACAAGUUGAUCCGCUGCAGCGACACAAUCGUCCACAACAGAGAGGAUGCACAACUGGCAGGAGAACGAGAUCAAAGAGCUGCUGACCAUCCGGGGGUCGGAGGCGAUCCGGAACCAGAUCACGGGCACGGUGAAGGACUCUGUAGUUUACAACAGGAUGACCAAACUGCUGGCGGAGAGGGGGGUGUACAGGUCUCACAUGCAGGUGAUCAGCAAACUGAAGGCGCUCAGGAAGCAGUACGCCAAGUACCACCAGCAGAAGACCCGCUGCGGGAGCGACCGCGUCGACUGGCCCUUUUACGACCAGUGUCAUCGGGUUUUCGGGAACGCUCCCGUGGGGAACCCGGGGAAACGACACCGGAGUCCCACGCCCCCACCCGCACCCUCACUCUCACCCUCACCUCCACACCUCCUCCCUCCUCCCCCUCCGCCGCCGCCUGGCCUCAGUGAGGAGCACCAGGAGGUUGUAGUCGGCCUCUGGGACGAUGUGGACGACAGGGAGAUCCACAAGCACCUGGGUCCGGUGGAGGUGGAGGACGACGAGGAGCAGUUAGAGCCCAUCAGCGCCAACUAUCAAACUGACCGACAGUGGAGCAGACGCAGAGGCCAGUCAGGUUACACAAUCCCCUCGAAGAAGAGGAAAACGACGGUGAUGGAGCAAGUCUCCACGUUGGUGUCGGCGACCGUCGCACAGCUCAGAGAGAUGGACGCGUCCAUGCAGGCGCAGGAGGACGCACGGCUACAGAGGUUGAUGGACCACGAGAAGGAAAUGCAGAACAAUCUAAUGAAUCAGCUGGAAGCCAUGCAUGAAAGGAUCAGCCGGGAAAACCACGAGAGACACCUGGAGCUCGUGGACAGGAUACUCUCUAGGUUCCCUUCACCUUCAGCACCUUCAGGUCCCUGACUGACUCUUCCCGUGGGAGUGACGGCGGCGUGCGACUCGGUUAUUCAGGUGAAGGGAACGCUUCUGCCUCUCUCCUCCACCAGCUGACGAGUGCCUAAGCCCACAUUCCUUCUGUUUUCGCUGUAUUUUUUCAACAGUAUAAGGAAAGAUAAGUCACUGAGAUCAUCUCACCUUUAACCUCGACUCUGCUCACUCGUAGCUGAUACAAAUCCAGGUCCACACAACAGGCCUUCGUGCUCUGUUCUGAGUCACUGCUCACGUGACACUGUUUUCACCCUUUGUUCUGUUGUUUGAGUUAACCCUGGAACAAUCCUAUUGUGAACUACCAGUGCUUCUGAAAAGACGCAAAGGAAUGAUAACAACACACUAUCUUGAAAGGAACAAUGCCGCUGCUCCCUAAUAGCCAACUACAGUAUCAUCAUACCACUUCUAUAAAUAAUAUAGAGUUAAAUGCAUAUUGUAAUAAGCUGCCAGGACUCAGUACUUACAAGAUAAAACAUUCAUAAAACAUUUAUAACUAUAAACUUCAAAUGAUGAAGUACAUUUAAAAUUGGCUGGGUUUACACUAUAUCCAUAUGUAUAAUUGUGUUUUUACGCCUCCAUGUACCACCGUUAUGAUACAGAAGGUCAAGCCGACCCUGUUCAGAGAGUUCACGCAAGAGGCAGGUUUAUUCUUAAUAAGAAGAUUAUUUAUUGUUGACUGUUGUUAACAGUCACGCUGUAUGAAUGAGUAGCACUAGAACGCACACUUUAACGCUU